CCGCGGCGGACGGACUCGGGUCGCUAUGGCGACGCAGCCCGCCCGGAAGACGCCGAGCGGGAGAUCAGGAGCGCGGGUCCCGGGGUGCGGCGGAGUGCGGCGGCCUGGACGAAGCGCGGCGAGGGCGGGCGAGCCCGGCCUGCUGUCAUGCUGCCGUUGUGCUCAGAGAAGACCCUGAGCGAGAUGCUGAGCCGCAAGGAGGAGGAGUGGCGGGUGCUGCAGGCCCGUCACUCCCAGAUGCAGGAGGCAGCUCUGCAGGGUGCACAGAAGCAGCUGGAAGAGGCCCAGGGGAAGCUGCGUCGCCUGCAGGAGGACUUCCUUUACAACCUGCGGGUGCUGGAGGAGCGGGACCUGGAGCUGCAGCACUAUGACGCUGCGCUUGCCCAGGCCAGGGGCCAGGAGGAGGCCCGGCAGGCAGAGGUGAGCGCGCUGAAGGUGCAGGUGGCCAGGCUGGAGCAGGAGCUGGCCAGAGAGGCCAGGCGCGCGCAGGAGCUGCAGCAGCAGCAGCAGCGGAGGGCGCAGGAGCACCGCCAGGAGCUGGAGCGCGUCCACAGUGACAAGAACGGCGAGAUCAGCCACCAGCGGGAGCAGUAUGAGAAUCUCAAGUGGAGGCUGGAGAGGAAGCUCGAGGAACUGGACGGCGAGCUUGCUCUGCAGAGACAGGAACUGCUGCUGGAAUUCGAGUCUGAAAUGCAGAAGAGGGAGCAUGAGUUCCGACUGCAGGCUGAUGGCAUGAGCAGUGUGGUGUUGUCCCAUGAGCUCAAGGUUAAGCUACUGAGCAAAGAGCUGGGGGCUCUGAAGGAAGCAGGGGCCCAGGCAGCAGAGUGUCUGCAGAGAGCCGAGACGGCCAACGCCGAGCUGGAGAAGCAGUUGCAGGGCCGCGCCUGGGAGCUGCGGGACCUGGAAGCCCUGAAGGACGCCCGGAUAAAGGACUUGGAGGAUAAGCUUCACUCUGUGCAGCUGACCAGGAAGAAAGAAGAGGAGAUCUUCGAGAGGAAGCACGAGGAGCUUGACCGUUUGGCCAGGGAGAGGGACGCGAUGCUGGUGGCUGUGAAGGGCACACAUGCGGAGCAGCUGCGGGCACUGGAGGCCAGGGUACUAGAGCUGCAGGCCCAUGGUGAAGCCCUGGAGGUGCAGCUGCGCAGGGCGGAGUGGACUCAGGCUGACGCCGCCAGGGAGAAGGACGCUGUCAUUGACAGGCUCCGUGAAGACGCAGCUGCUCUCAAAGCCAGCUGGGACGCCCAGGUCACUCAGAUGUCCAAGGAGGCCAUCGCCAAAGACCUUCAGGUUCAGACACUGCGGGAAGAGGAGGUGAAGCUCAAGGCACAGUUGGCCCGACGCCAGCAGGAUGUGGCCAGGUACAAGCAGGAACUGUCCCUGGCAGUGGAAAGGGAGAGGAACCUGGGGCGCGAGCAGGUGCAGCUGAACCUGGACUGGCAGCGCCGCUGCGACAGCAUCGAGAGGGAACAGAUCCAGAGGUCUGAGGCCUUGACCCAGGGCCUGCUGGAGGCCAGAGAUCAGGUCACUGCCAAACUCCAGGAGACUGAGCGGGCCCUGCGUGAGCAGGAGGCGGUGCUGAGGGCCGUGACCCUGGAGCGGGACCAGGCUGUGGAGGCGCUGCAGGCACAGGGACUCCUCCCUGUGCAGGAGUUCCCAAGGCAGCACAGAGGGGAAAUCAGUUCGGCUUUUCCAUCCAGUGAAAUCCAGCGGCUGCAAGACCAGAACACGAGCUUGCGGAAUGCUGUCGCUCAGAUGAGGAGGGAAAUGGAGGCGCUGAGUGGGGAGACUCUUCCUUCUGCACAGUCGGGAGAGAACGCAUGCACACACCUGCCCGAGGCUGAGGCUGCGGGGGACACGGCCCCUCCUCGUUACGUUCUGGCCUUGGCAGCAGAAGUGCAGAACUUGAAGCACAAGCUCAGCGCCCUGGAAGGAGAGCUGGCCAGCUCGCCGGGGCCUCUGGAGACAUCCUCGGGGGACGCCAAGCUGCACCCCAGCACCCUGGAAGGAGAGCUGGCCAGCUCGCCAGGGCCUCCAGAGAAAUCCUCGGGGGACGCCAAGCUGCACCCUAGCGCUCUGGAAGGAGAGCUGGCCAGCCUGCUGGGGCCCCCCGACCUGCACCCCAGUGCCCCCACCUUCACAGAGACUGGAGAAUCUGUCACAGAUGGUCACACAUCCACUGGAUUGGCACUGGCACUCCGGAAGCUCAGAGACAGAGUGCAUCUCUUGAACUUGCUGGUGACGCGUCUCGGAAAGAAGGUGCAGCAGAAGCCCCUGGAGCCGGACACCCUGCACCUCGAGCUUCCCCGGGAGGUGGGCCAGGUGCAUGUGGAGGUGCAGGAGCUGCAGCAGCAGGUGGCUGAGCUGGAGAAGCAUCUUGGGAGCGCCCAGCGGGAAGGAGAGCAGCCUCUAGGCAGGGAGCAGCUCAGGAGAGAGGGCCUUGCAGAUGAGAGGCCCGUGGGGACGAAGGACCAGCUGGGGGCACAGCCCCCACAGGCCUUAUCCGUGCCCCACCUGCAGAGGAAACUGAAGGCAGCAGCUAAGAAGAUCCUGCGCCUCCGCCUGGAGAAGGAGCAGCUCAUGGAGAUGGGGAACCGGCUCCGGGCAGAGCAGGGACACCCCAAAGGGAGACUGCCCUGUCCUCCCCGGCCUCCCACCCCCCAGGACCAGGACCAGGACCAGGGCAAGGCACGGGAGGCGCUUUGGGACCACAGCCCACCUCUGGGACAGGUGAAGACCCACGCCACCUUUCAGCAGGACCCCCAGCACACCGAGAAAGAGCGUCUUUCUGAAUGCGUGGGGAACAGCCAGCUCGGCUCGGCACACCCCGUCGGCAGGAGCCAGGGCCUGCGAGGCUGGAGGGCAGGCGCAGCGGCCCAGGUGCAGGAGAGGACACACGAAGCCCCCUGGGUGACCUGCAGACCACCCCAGAAUGAGAACAGGCCCAGGAAGCCUCUGCAGGCUCCUCCGGUCCCUGAGGAGAACAGCUGCCACACCCGCGGGUCGUCCUCGCUGGCCAGCAGCUCCCUCCAGGACACCUGGAGGUUGCUAGACCUGGGCUCCAGCCCUUCAGGCCUCCCCUCCCAGGACGACUCGGCUCCAGAGCUGCCUGCAUCGCCAGCUGCCCACAGUCCCCAGGAAGGUGACAGGAGCCCUGCCAAGAUGCAGGUGGCCUUUACCAUCAAAGGGAUGAAGACGGCAGCUCAGUCAAAGGCCAAGCCCACCAGACUCUCCAAGUCUCAUCCUGCAAGAUCUAAAAGCUGCCAGCAGCCCCCCAGGAUCCGCAACUACAACUGGAAAGACUGACUUCCUCGGCCCCCUACAAAGUGGGCCCCACCACAGCCUCCCUGUGGGUGCUUGGGGCCUGCCCAUUCACCUACAUGUCACGUGGGUGCUGCAGGUGGCACGUGGUGGAGGAGCUGUGAGCUACAAGGUGGGCUUCCUAGGACCACCGAGUUGGCCUCUGAGCCAUUAAAGCUCCCGUGCCUCCCUCCCA